UUUUUUUCUGUAUUCCACAAAAUGUGUUUUAAUAAUGAUAUAGUUUUAUUGUUUCAAACAAAUUAGUUCAAAUUUCUUAACCUUUAAACUUACAAAUUUUAAAAACUUUUAGAUCUGUGGCAUCAUGAAUCUAAUUUUUAACAGUAAGCAUAAGAAGUUAUUUUCGUCAUUUAAUACUAUAAUAUGUAGAACAUUGGCUGAUAAAUCUAAUGUGGAACAUCACAGGGCUAAAGUUAUGGCAAAAGGAUUGCCAGUCAAAAAACCUAUAACCAAUGUAAAACACAUCGUCCUUGUUUCAUCUGGAAAAGGGGGUGUUGGCAAAAGUACCACAGCAGUGAAUAUAGCAGCAGCAUUAAGAGUACUUCAUCCAGAGAAGAAUGUUGGCUUGUUGGAUGCAGAUAUAUUUGGUCCAACAAUUCCACUAAUGAUGAAUUUAAAUGAUGUACCUCUAUUGAAUGACAACAAUUUAAUGGAGCCUUUAGUAAAUUAUGGAAUUAAAUGCAUGUCAAUGGGAUUUCUCAUAGAGGAAGGAGCUGCAUUGAUUUGGAGAGGUUUAAUGGUUAUGCAGGCACUUGACAAAUUAAUGAGACAAGUGGAAUGGGGUCCCACAGAUUAUCUUAUAGUAGAUACACCACCAGGAACUGGAGACACGCAUUUAUCACUUGUGCAAAACCUUCCUAUUUCAGGUGUUGUUUUAAUUACUACUCCACAAAAUGCUUCCCUUCAAGUUACUAAAAGAGGUGGUGUAAUGUAUAAAAAAUUGAAUGUACCUUUAAUAGGUAUUAUAGAAAACAUGAGUCAUGUAGUUUGUCCCUCAUGCAGUAGUAACAUUGAAAUGUUUGGUAAUGGAAUCAAAGACUUAUCUAGAGACUUAAACUGUAAAAUAAUGGAACGAUUUCCUAUACAAAAAGAAAUUUCCGUAAAUUGUGAUAAAGGAAUUCCAAUAGUUAUUAAUGAACCUGAUAGUUCCAUUUCACAACAAUAUAGAAAUGUAGCAAAAGAUAUAAUUGACUUUUUAGAGGCUGACACAAAUAAAGUUGUUAACAAAGCAUAAUUAUUUAAGUUAUCAAUUGUUACAUAAUAUUUUUGAUCUUAACAAAACAUGAUUUAGAUAUAAUCAAUAUUUAUAAAGUCUACUGAUAAACCUAUUAAAAUGUUUGAUCAUGUUGAAAAUAUACUCUUUGCAAUAAUAACAAAUAAAAUAAAUUGUAAAAAUAUGUACUUUUAUUAGUCCUAUUAACAACCCAAUUGUAAAACAUAAAAUCUAGAAAAUACAACAAAAUUACAGUGGAAGAGGCUU